AUGGAGAUGAAGGGGACAAGGGGCGUCCCUGCUGCCCCCCUCUGGCCCACUCGGGGGGCCCUGCUCUUCCUCUGCCUGCUGGGGCUGAGCCCUGCACCAGCCACUGCAGAAAUCUGCGAGAGCAUGGACAUCCGCGUGGAUCCCGCGCAGCUGCGCCGCCUGGAGAACUGCUCCGUCAUCGAGGGCAGCCUGCAGAUCCUGCUCAUGUUCACGGCCAGCGGCGAGGACUUCCGCUCGCUGGCCUUCCCGCGCCUGGUCAUGAUCACCGAGUACCUGCUGCUCUUCCGCGUCUACGGGCUGGAGAGCCUGCGCGACCUCUUCCCCAGCCUGGCCGUCAUCCGCGGGGCCAGCCUCUUCUUCAGCUACGCCCUGGUCAUCUUCGAGAUGCCGCACCUGCGCGACAUCGGCCUGCGCGGCCUGACCAACGUGCUCAACGGCUCGGUGCGGAUCGAGCGCAACCAGGAGCUCUGCCACAUCUCCACCAUCGACUGGGCCCUGCUGCAGCCGCCACCCGCGCUCGAGCACAACAUCAUCCUGCACAACAAGCCGGCCGAGGAGUGCGCCGACGUCUGCCCGGGCAUCCUGGGCGCGCAGGAGCCCUGCGUGCAGACUCCGGCCGGCCUGGCGGGGCCGCUGGAGGACACGGCAGGCGAGAGACCAACAACAGAAGCCGAUCUCAAGGUGUGGAUGGGGCUGAAAUUCCUCGUCUGCCGUGAGUGCGAGGGGUUGUGCCCCAAGGAGUGUAAAGUGGGCACCAAAACCAUUGACUCCACUCGGGCAGCCCGGGACCUGGCCGGCUGCACCCUCGUCGAGGGGAACCUGAUUAUUAACAUCCGCCGGGGCGAAAAUCUGGCCUCCACGUUGCAGAGCAGCCUCGGCCUGAUUGAGACCAUCACAGGCUUCCUGAAGAUCAAGCACUCCUUUGCUCUCAUCUCCCUGAGCUUCUUCAGGAACCUCAAACUGAUCCGGGGGGACUCCAUGGUGGAUGGGAACUACACCCUGUAUGUGCUGGACAACCAGAACCUCCAGCAGCUGUGGGACUGGGGUCAGCACCGGCUGUCCAUCCCUGUGGGGAAGAUGUACUUUGCCUUUAACCCCAAGCUGUGCCUCUCGGAGAUCUUCCGGAUGGAGGAGGUCACGGGGACCAAGGGCAGGCAGAACAAGGCGGAGAUCAACCCCCGGACGAAUGGGGACCAAGCCUCUUGCAAGACCCAGACUCUCCGCUUUGUGUCCAACACCACUGAAUCGGACCGCAUCGUCCUCAAGUGGGAACGCUACCAGCCUCCUGAGUCCCGGGACCUCCUCAGCUUCAUUGUCUACUACAAGGAAUCCCCCUUCCAGAACGUGACAGAGUAUGUUGGGCAGGACACCUGCGGGGCCAACAGCUGGAACGUCGUGGACGUGGAGCUUCCCCUGAGCAACGACCAGGAGCCGGGCGUGACGCUGCAGAACCUGAAGCCGUGGACGCAGUACGCCGUCUUUGUGCGGGCCAUCACCCUCACCACCGCCGAAGAGAGGCGCAACUUCGGGGCCCAGAGCAAGGUGGUCUACGUCCGCACCCUGCCUGCAGCGCCCACGGUGCCACGAGAGGUCAUCUCCAUGUCCAACUCUUCCUCGCACCUCAUUGUCCGGUGGAAGCCACCCUCGCAGCCCAACGGGAACCUCACCUACUAUCUCGUGCUGUGGCAGCAGCUGGCCGAGGACUCGGAGCUCUUUGUCAACGACUACUGUCACAAAGGGCUCCGUCUGCCCACCAGCAGUGCAGACACCCGCUUUGGCACGAGCGACAGGGAGAGGCACGAGGACCCGGAGGAUGAGCAGUGCUGCCCCUGCCAGAGUCCCGUUGGGCACAGCCAGCCCAGCGUGGAGACCGUGUCUUUCCAGAAGAAGUUUGAGAACUUCCUCCACAAUUCGAUCAUCCUGCCCAGACCUCCCUGGAAAGUCACCUCCAUCAACAAGAUUUCUUCUUACCGGGUCCCCAAAAGGCGCAGAGACACCCUUGCUGUGACAAUGGCCAGCCAGGCCUUUCCCAAUGCCUCCUCGCCUCCUCCAGGGAGCCCAAGCAACACAGCCACGGCCCACCGGGCUGAGUUCGACUCUAAAACAGAGAAGGACUUCCGCAUCUUUGAGGAUAAAGUCGUUCGGGACCGGACAGCAAUUUCCAACCUGCGCCAUUUCACUGAAUAUCGGAUCGACAUUCACGCCUGCAACCAUGCAGCGCAGACCGUGGGGUGCAGCGCUGCGACCUUCGUCUUUGCUCGGACAAUGCCGGAAGCUCAAGCUGACAACAUCCCAGGAAACCUGACCUGGGAGCCGGCCAGCAAAAACAGUGUCCUCCUCCGGUGGCAGGAGCCAAAGAACCCCAAUGGCCUCAUCCUGAAGUAUGAGAUCAAGUACAGCCGGGAGAGUGAGAAAGUCAUCUCUGUGGUCUGCGUGUCCCGCCAUCGCUAUGCCCGGUACGGGGGCUACCAUCUCGCCCUCCUCCAGCCGGGAAAUUACUCCGCUAAGGUUCGAGCCACCUCGCUAGCAGGAAAUGGUUCCUGGACCAGCCUGAUGAAGUUCUACAUUCUUGGGGGAGAGGAAGAGGAACCCGGAAAUUUUUACGUGUUCUUGACGCUCACCCCGGUGGUCCUGAUGGUGGGGAUCACGUGCCUGGCUGUCUUCGUUUUCUUGUACAACAGGAAAAGGAGCGCCGAAGGGUACCCCAGCGGCACGCUGUACGCCUCCGUCAACCCCGAGUACUUCAGCGCCUCCAACAUGUACGUCCCCGAUGAGUGGGAGGUGCCCCGGGAACGGAUCACGAUCCUGCGAGAGCUGGGCCAGGGGUCCUUCGGGAUGGUCUACGAGGGGAUCGCCAAGGACUUGGAGCAGGAGGGCCAGGAGACCCGGGUGGCGCUGAAGACCGUCAAUGAGCUGGCCUCCAUGCGGGAGCGAAUCGAGUUCCUGAACGAGGCCUCUGUCAUGAAAGCCUUUCGCUGCCACCACGUGGUCCGUCUCCUCGGGGUGGUGUCCCAAGGCCAGCCGGCUGUGGUCAUCAUGGAGCUGAUGACGAGGGGGGACUUGAAGAGCUACCUCCGCUCGCUCAGGCCGGAAGCCGAGAAUAGCCCCGGUUUGCCUCCCCCUUCGCUGAAGGACAUGAUCCAGAUGGCUGGGGAGAUUGCCGAUGGCAUGGCCUACCUCAAUGCCAAGAAGUUCGUCCACCGGGACCUUGCAGCCCGCAACUGCAUGGUGUCCGAGGACUUCACAGUGAAGAUUGGAGAUUUUGGGAUGACGAGGGACAUCUACGAGACGGACUAUUACCGCAAAGGGGGAAAAGGCUUGUUGCCGGUCCGUUGGAUGUCUCCGCAAGCCCUGAAGGAUGGGAUCUUCAAUACUCAGUCGGACAUCUGGUCCUUUGGUGUGGUGCUGUGGGAAAUCGCCACCCUGGCGGAGCAGCCAUACCAGGGCAUGUCCAACGAGCAGGUGCUCCACUUUGUGAUGGACAACGGGGUCCUGGAGAAGCCCGAGAACUGUCCCGACAAGCUGCACGACCUGAUGACUUGGUGCUGGCAGCAAAACCCGCGUCUGCGCCCGUCCUUUGUCCAGAUCCUGGAGAGCAUCAAAGACGACAUGAGCGGCAGCUUCCGUGCUCACGCCUUCUUCUUCAGCCUGGAGAACAAGCACAGCAGCUCGGGAGGCGCUCUGGACACCGAGACGGACAAGCUGCUGGAGGAGGAGGAGGAAGAGCCGAAGCCGGCGGCCCCAGCCCUGGCCCCCCGUGGCAGCAGCCCCCGGCUCGUUCUCGGCCCUGGCCAGCCCACAAACUGUUGCCCUUCCAGCAGGAAGCCACGCCUCUGAGGCUCGGCCAGCCGGGCAGCAAGGAGGGCCAGACACCCUGCCGGUCGGGGGCUGUGUCCCAGAUUGCUGGCCCAGUGGCGAAGGACUCCCUGAAAGCAAGUGAGAGUGGGGAGACUUUGCAGAGGAACUGCUUUAUCACUCGUUUUUGAAAGACAGGAGCAGGGGCGCCUCUCUGUGCGGGCAGAGUCUGACUGGCAUCUGGGCACGCGACCUGCCUGGCCUGGGUCGUGUGCAGCAUUAUCUCAGGGCCAGCAGCCAGCCGGGCUUGCUCUUCUUCCCUCGCCAGGCUGCGAGGCUCUGCCGCAGCUCCAGCUGGGGGGGCAAGGGGGGGCUGUUUCCAGAAUCGACACAGAGGAGAAAUGCAACCACCCAAAUGUUUUUAUUCAGCUGUUGGAGGGACCCAGAACAGCAGAAGGCGCCCCGGUGCUUCCUUCCAUCCGCUCUGCUGGACCCGGUUCCCGGAUGUUCUCUUCGGCCGGCGAAGGGACAGGGACCCCUCCUCACUUAAUUCUGCCCCCAAACUGGUUUUCUGUAGUCAGAAAGGGGAGUUGGAAGUGAGCAAACCCAUCAAGAAUUGGACGAGUGGUGGGGGCCACAGUUAGGCCAGGGAGACGGAGCCGUUCCAGCUGGGGCUGAAUUCCAGUGUCGGGGUCCGGUUGUGGCUUCUGGGAACUGUAGCUCAGGCCAGGGAGGGCAGGAGGGGCAGGCUGCGGCCCCUCCCCUUUGGAAACUUCCCUCUUCGGGCACCCCUUCCUAAUGCAGGCUUCGAAACCGCGCCCAGCAGUCCAGUCCAAACCUGAGAACUUUUCUCACGUGGCACAAAGGCUCUAGAGCAGUGUUUCUCAAUCUUGCACGUCGAGUCAGUGCCACCCUGAAGAUGGGUGGACUACAACUCCCAGGAUUCCCCAGCCAGCAUGGG